GGGGCGGAGGAGGAGGAGGAGGAGGGGGGGGAGGCGCCCCGAGCGAGGCGAGCUGCGCGGCUGCCGGCCGAAUUCAACAAUUAACCUUGAUGAAGGCAGAUUGCUUUCACUUAAGAGGCGCAGGUGCGCGAGGUUCGCGACACGGCGCAUCUGAGCGAGUCCACGUUGACGCGCCGCACGCUGACGCAUUUCAUGCCCGACACGCAAACUACACGCAGAAAGGAUAUUGUUGCAUCUGAAGGGCUAUUUUUUUCCCCUUCUUGUUUUUUCCUUCUUCCUCGUCACGGGACAGGAUCCACGUUUGGUAAAGGGAGCCCCGUCCUACGUUCAUCCUCGCACAGUAGCAAUCGCUGAACUGAAUUUUUUUUUGUGAGGAAUUUGACCGCCGUGUCAUUGGACAUCAGUCUCGGUCCCGGCAGCUUAGAGGCAUCUUCUGAACGGAGGAGACUAGGAUAAAAAAAGAGCAGGAUAAAAACCUGUCUCCCCCUUUUUAUUACUACUCUCCAGUAGGACAGCGUGGCAUGAGGACCGCGACCCGGUUGGGUUUCGCGUGACGAGGUAAGCGGGGUACGGGCAGCUUUUCUUCGGCUUUCAAGGACGCAAAGAAGUGGCCGCCGGCAGGGCUCCGGAAGCAUGGAGCGGGACGACACCGACACCGACACCGGGACCGGGAGCGCGUCCAGAAAGACCAUCGUAUCGAAGAUCUUUAAAGUUCGCAAGAGGAGGGAGAUGCUUUUCGUCCAGGUGUGCUUCGUCUGCAGUGUCCUCUUCGUGGCGUGGAGCAUGUCGGCGCUGUUGACCAAAACAGGCCACGGGAUGAUCGUGGAGGGCCAUGCGGACGUGGAACACUGGGGAAGACGGCUGAUGGCUUCGGUACCAGACAAUGCUACGGAGGAGAAGAACUGCUCUGAGCCAGCAAUACACGAGUUCCCAAAUGACUUUUUCACCAACGACGAGCGUAAGAGCGGGGCCGUUCUGCUCCACAUCGCGGCGGCGCUCUACAUGUUUCUUGCCCUCGCCAUUACAUGCGACGAAUACUUUGUCACAUCGCUGGAGAAGAUCUGUGAGAAACUCGAUCUGAGUGAAGAUGUGGCAGGAGCCACCUUCAUGGCAGCUGGCAGCUCUGCACCAGAGCUUUUUGCUUCAGUCAUUGGUGUCUUCAUCACCCACGGUGAUGUGGGGGUGGGGACCAUCGUUGGCUCAGCGGUCUUCAACAUACUUUGCAUCAUUGGCGUCUGCGGCAUCUUUGCAGGACAGGUGGUGAUUUUGACCUGGUGGGCUGUUUUCAGGGAUUCCUUCUACUAUAUCCUCUCUGUUUUGGCUUUAAUUGCAUUUAUCUACGAUGGAAAAAUAGAUUGGUGGGAGAGUUUGAUUCUGGUGGUCAUGUACGCUGGAUACAUCCUCGUCAUGAAAUUCAACACCAGCAUGCAGAGAUUUUUCAUGGGGUCGAAGUCAAAAAAGAACGUGGCGAAUGGUAACGCUGCGGCCAGCAGCGAGAUGGAGGACGUCAAACCCACCAAAGCUUACAGCCGUGGCUCGGUGGUGAUGGUGGACGAGAUCAUGAACGCCAGCCCGUCCAAGUACAGGUUCCCAGAGGCUGGCCUCCGCGUCAUGGUCACCAGCCAUUUUGGACCCAAGACCCGUUUGCGCAUGGCCAGUCGCCUCAUCAUUACAGAGCGCCAGAAGUUGGUCCAGGCAGCAAAUGGAGUCGAGACCCAGGUGAUUGACGGGAAGGUUGAAAUCGAGAAUGGGAACGUGCCAGAGGACAAACCCAGCGAAGAGCCGGAGAACGAAACCAUUUCACCGUUUCAUAUUCCAAGAGGUAUUGGCAGCAAGUUGAAGUGGUUGAUCUCGUGGCCUCUGCUCGUGCUGCUGUUCUUCACCAUCCCCAACAGCGGCAAGCCUCGCUGGGAGAGAUUCUUCAUGUUGUCCUUCCUCCUGUCCACUAUCUGGAUUGCCAUCUUCUCCUACUUCAUGGUCUGGAUGGUGACUGUAAUUGGCUACACUCUGGGGAUUCCAGAUGUCAUCAUGGGCAUCACGUUCCUGGCAGCAGGCACCAGCGUCCCAGACUGCAUAGCCAGCCUCAUCGUGGCUCGGCAAGGUUUGGGAGACAUGGCCGUGUCCAACACCAUUGGCAGUAAUGUAUUUGAUAUUCUCGUGGGACUGGGGCUCCCUUGGGCGAUACAGACCAUGUGCGUCAGCUAUGGAUCGGAGGUGAUGAUCAACAGUCGCGGCCUGGUUUACUCUGUGGUGCUCCUGCUGGGCUCCGUGGCCCUCACGGUGCUGGGGAUCCACCUGAAUAAAUGGCGGCUGGACGUGAAGCUGGGCAUCUACGUCCUGGUGUUGUACGCCAUCUUCCUCUGCUUCUCCGUCAUGAUCGAGUACAACGUCUUCACCUUUGUCAACUUGCCCAUGUGCAUGGAGGACUAGUUUCCAGCAGCAUGCCUCAGAUACCAAAACGUCAACAACCCCAUAGCAUUUUUUUUUCUUCUAAAACUGGACCUAUUUGCAGACUUUUUCUUUUUUUCUGCUCUCUUGCAAUCUUUUGUCCUAAAUCUGAAUCUCAUUUCCUCAAGAGGCAGAUAGAGUGGACUUAAUGUCUCUAAUUUGUCCUCUUGUCACGCAGUGCCGGUCCUUAAUUCUAAUUAUUUCAGGCCUUGCCUGUUAUUGCAGUAAACUCUUUAGUUAUUCUGUGCGCCUGUUAACUUUCUACCCAUCUAGCAUGCCUUUUUAGAUGUUGGGGACCUCCAGAAUCAUAAGUGCCCCUUGACCUCCAUUGUUGGUGUUUUCAAAUUAUAGAACCUCCCCCCUCCAUUUCCAAAGCCUUUCCACAAACCAAACCAGAGUCUGACUGGGGGGGGGAAAAAGAGAAAAUUCAAACCAAAACCCCCACGUAAUGAACUCUCCACGAAGUCACGCUUGAAAGAAUUGGUUACCCCAGCGCCCAAAGAAAGAAGUACACCCUUUUUCCCGCUGGACCCCAAUGGAGGAAGGCUCCAGCCCACCCCCCCCAGUCUGGACCCCACGCCCCUAGCAUGGCCUUUGGCAUCAGGGAGCACACACUGUUAGCUGCUCACUUAACUCACCCUCACCUGCUUGAUCAAUUUCGCAGUGUUUUCUUAGAAAAAAAAAAGAGUAACCAAAAAAAAGGAAAAAAAGACAUCCGGACACCUUGUGUCAAGACGUUUUGCGUCCCGAUCAGAUGACUGUGAGGGUGUUAUGCAUAUGCAGCACUGCACAAUGUAAACAUGUAAACACCUUUUUUCUAACAAAGGUUUUGUCUAGUGUGAAAUCCAGAGGAGAGCUCCUUGCGAAUAGAGGACAUUUUCUUUUUUGUUCACUGUAAGAAGGUGCACAUGGAGAUGCUUUAAGGCAAUUGGACCACUCUGAGGGGCGUCGAACUGGUGGUGGGGGGUGGACUCCGAUCCAGCAUUAUUUUUCUUUAACUGAUGGUUCAGUCCACUUCCUCUGCACAACUUCAGAAAAAAAAAAAACACCUGGCUCCAGUCUGUUGGACACAUUAUUCAUCAUCGAGUGACUCGUUGUCGUCUUUAGACGGCAGCAGCACGCAGAUGGCACCAGGCGGUUCUCAGCACUGUCUGCUAUAACACCCCCCCCCCCCUUGGCCAGUAGGGGGCAACGCAGGCCCUCUACCCAGGGCGGGGGUGCCAACCCCAGCCGACGGUUAUCAGGGAAACUCACAGAUGGACAAAUCCAGCAGAUGGCGAUGGUCUCUUGAUUUUUGAGUUACAUGUAGAUAUUGCACUUUAACAGCCGUCCUCUCAUUCUGAAUCAACUAGUGCUUCCUUCUGUGCGUGUGUAUUUCCAGUGUAUAUGUGACCGUGUGAGUGAGAGAACAAUUGUGUGUGUGUGUGUCCUUUUUUUUUUUUUUUUUUUUUGUGGAAGCGUGUGCUUCGUAGGGGCCCACGCAACAUUUCCAACACCAGAUUCUCGACUCUUGAACCGAUUGGGACCUUGUUGACACCAUGAGCACACGCGCCUCUGUGCAGCGCAUGCAGGGACAUUCAAUGCAGCUGCUCCACAACACCGCAAAAAGGCUGAGGGCUUCUGGGCGUCUCCAUUGGGAAAGAAAAAAAUGAACGCCCACUUUACAAAAAUCGGCAGCUACGAGCUACACUGCAAUCCAGACAUUCUGACAUCAUGCAAAAAAAUUGAGUAUGCCACAAGUGAGGUGCACUGUCUAAAAAAAAAAAAAAAAAAAGAUCAUGUGGAGUGUUUUAAGUGUUGAGAUAUUCCUCUGCCCGGCUGUGGCAGGCCGGCACAUGUAUAUGCAAUCUCAGUUUAAAGAAUUCUAUGUGACCGAAGGCCCCUGCAAGGCUGCCAUAUAAAGACGGGCAUCCCGUGGAGAUGUGACGUUGGUUUGUCUCGUGGUACUUGAUGUGUGAGCUCACAGGUGUGUUUGUGACAGCCGGACAACUGAGACCAAAUGGUAGAUGGAGAACGCUGGUUUUGAGGGAAAAGUGCUAAAUCCCCCCCGCCCCCGCGGCCCUACUUCUCCACUCUUGUCCCCACUUGCACAAGGGCAUUAACUCCACGACCCCCAGCUGAAGGAGGGAGGAAUGGAUGGCUUGCUGCUGCCGCCCUGGGGCCGUUGACUCUUUUCAAAAGGAUUUUGCUGAGGGAGGACUUGAAGGUCAGGUGACCACACAGGGCCUACAGAGUGGCCCACAUACACACUGACCCUUGUACAUUCCCCCUAAACCGUUUCAGUGGGUCUUCUGUGACAGACAGGACCUCACUUUUUUUUUUUCUUUCUGUACUGCAAGUGAGUUGAUUCAGAAUGUGCAGCAUUGAGGUUUAUUUAUUUUUGUACAUAUAUAUUUUGUUGCUCUGUGUGGUCACGCCCCGGUUGCCAUAUUUGAGGGGUAAACAGCAGGAAUAAACUGCGCUCCUUUUGUCCUCAUCUUGACAUUCGCCGGUUGUCUAACCUGAAUCUUUGUUAACUAGUCACGUUUUGAUGAGAGGAGUGAAGGAAGGAGGGAGGGUGGGGGAAAUUGUUAAAACCGAUGCCAUACUUGUCAUUACUGUGCAUAAAUCCAGAUUGUAUGAAAAUCCUGUGUACAAAAUAAGCGCACAUACUUUAGAACACACACUUUAGAAAUGGCAAUUGAACACAAGAGAGGACCGGUAUGUAUUUCUUGAUUGAAUGCGACCUGAUGCACUGUGAGCUCAAUGUGAUGUGGGAGUUGUUUGUCAAGAAUAAUACAUGAUUAAAAAUAUAUUUAAUGUAAAGUUAGUUACUAUAAAGCAUUACUGAGGACAUCUGUGUAACUUAUAUGAAUGUAUUGUCUUGCUAUACUGGACAUAUCCAACCAAUACAUUUUAUUGUAAAGCAAUAAUGUGAAGAAAAAAAUAAAAUAUCAAAAAUGUC